AUGGACAGCGACGACGAACUCCCCUUCGAUUUCUUCUCGCAGACGGCGUCUUCCGGUGCUGCGGUGCACCACAUCGACGAGGACGGGUGGGGGAUGACGCCCCCUCGUCUCCGGGGAUCCGCCGGCCGCGGCUUGGGGGCUCGGCCGCGGCUCGGUGGCCGGGGGGCUCCGCGCUCCCAUCGGGUUGGAGAACAUCGACCUCAACGGCAACUCCACCAUCGCCGCCUCUUACCCCAACAUGCGCAUGUACACGCACCUUUUUCAUCCCGGGAGUGCGGCCGGCCAUGGUGUGCCCCUCCAUCGGACGGACGGCGUGGCGCAGCGGCAGGGUCGUCCACCUCACCAAGGUCUCCCCCCAGUGAGGGCCCCGGAUCGUCGUGCCAAGCAGGUCGUCGCGACGUCGGGACGAGGUGGUGCUGGUUCAAGUCGCUCAGGCAGCGGCAGGCAGCACCGAUCAUGGUAGAAGAUGUUGAGAAAGAAGAUGAACCAGCUGAAGAAGAUGUUCAGGCAGAGGAAGACGACAGCAUGCUGAACCAGCAUAUCCAGAGGCCAAAAAGCAAGGCUAACUGGAAAGACAGAAAUACAUUGACUUUAUGUGAAAUAGCUUGUGAGGAAAUAGAUGCUGGCAAUUACGCUGGUAGAGUUUGGAGCCCUCAGGCAUACAAGAAUAUGAGGGAGAAAUAUUGGGAAAGGGCAAAGCUGUGGCAUCCAAGCAGGGAAUUCAGGAACAAAAUAACUAACUUGAAGGGCUUGUACAAUGAUUGGGUAUGGUUGCAGCAGCAAAACGGCUGCGGCCGCGGCUUAGAUGGCGAAGUGACGGCAACUGCAGAUUGGUGGGAGAAAGAAAUCAAGGACAGACCAAAUCUCAAGAAAUUUAGAAAUGGUAACCCUGAGUAUAUGCCCCUGUUACAUGAGAUAUUUCAUGAGGUCGCUGUGGAUGGUUCAUCUGCUUAUGUUCCUGGGACAGAAGAUUGUUUGGAGUUAAAUAAUGAUGAUGACCUGGAUGGCAAUGAAGGCUUUGUGUCGAGCCCUAUGAGUACCAACACUCAAAAGAGAGGGAGCCGCUCAGAGUUAAGGAGUACAGCUAGUAGUCCUUCAAAGAGAAGCAAAACUUUAGACAACAUGCCUCGUACUCAAGGCAAAACUCGGGGUCCAUUUGUAAAAUAUAUGAAGGACAUUGAAACUAAGUUGGAGAAGGAAAGUGAGAAAACAGACUCUAUUUUGCAGGCUCUUGUGAACCAAGGCAAUGAAAAGGUUAGGAGAAGUGAGGAACGUGCUCAGUCAGUAAAAAACUGUCAGAACCUUGCCAUUGUUGCUUGUGAUUUAUUCAAGGAGAAACACAACAGAACUGUCUUCCAGAACAUGAAGACCCCUGAAGCUAGGUUGAUAUGGUUGAAGAGAUGGUGCAGGGCAAAGAACAUGUAUGCAGCAGAUGGCGAGAUAUGA